AUGUCUUCUCCCGCAAACCUGCACCAACGACGUGCGCAGGCCGUGCGCGAGGCUUCCUCAUCCAGCGUUGAGGAAGAUCGCAAGAUCUCGGGCGGCUGGUCCACCACUGCCUCAAUUCGGCCCAAUCGACCUGCACUUUCGGUCAGCACGGACCGUUCCAACUCGGGUGAUGCCGACAAGAAGGGCAAGCGUGGCCACAUUCAAAAGCACGAAAAGAUUCAGCGUAUUGGUCUUCUGCGUGGUUCAUCGUAUGUCAAGUCAACCGACAAAGACUCCGUCGCCGAGCACGAACUCACCACCUCGAUCGGUUUGCAGGACGAUGCCGUUUACGAUGCAUACCUCCCUCGGCCCGUCGCUUUUCUCAGACGUUUGAUUGUCGCUGUGCUCAGAGCAGAGGCUCCCUUUCACGAGCGACACCAGAACUUCGUGCGAAGACCUUGGCUCGACAGGUAUUUUGUCAACACCUCGUUGCUCGGAACGCAUUCGUUCUUCCUCGUCUUCCUGCCCAUGGUUUUCUGGCUCGGUAGUCCACGCUUCGGACGAGGCCUUAUCAAUGUCCUCGCCUUUGGCGUCUAUCUCUCGUCAGCGAUCAAGGAUCUCUUCUGCGUACCACGGCCAUACUCGCCGCCCGUAACGCGACUCACAGUGGGCACCCAUCACCUCGAGUACGGGUUCCCAUCGACCCACUCCACGAAUAGCAUCAGUAUUGCGCUCUACAUCUACCUGUGGGUUCGCAAGAUGCGCGAAUCUGCCGCGGGCUCGACGACGCUGUUCGAUUCGUGGCUGUGGGAAGCAGGUCUGCUCUUCUACGGCACCAGUGUCGUGUAUGGCAGAAUCUAUGCUGGCAUGCACUCCAUCAUUGACUGCGUUGCAGGAUCCGCCUUGGGUGCAGCAAUCACUGCCAUACAGUGGACCUUUUUCGACCAGAUCGAGCAGUUUGUCAAGAUCAACAGCUGGACUGUCCCCGUCGCCAUUAUCCCGGCAGGCUUGUUGAUGGUCUCGGUGCAUCCCCAGCCCGUCGACGACUGCCCUUGCUUUGAGGAUGCGAUUGCAUUCAUCUCGGUCGCAAUGGGCGUUGCGCUGGCAAGAUGGUCCGGUAUUCGGUACGGAAUCACUCUGUACACCGAUCCGCUUUUCCACCCCUUUUCGAGCAUCGUCGAUCCGCUAGCCGGGCUCGCCAGCAGCAAUGUGACCGCUACUGCAACUAUCACGCCGUUGAUCCAGAUACCCGUCGCGGGUGUGGCAGAGGUGUGGAUCAAGCGCGCUCUCGUCAUGACCAUCGGGCUGGUCAACGUGCUUCUGCUGCGAGUCAUCGUCAAGACCGCGUGCAAGGUCAUCCUGCCACCCACGUUCCGUCUGGUGGAUCAAUUGGUUGGAUUCAGUCUGCCACGAAGACACUAUACGCCUGCGAGCGACUACAACAAGAUCCCGCUUGCCGAUCUCAGCGCGGUGCCGUCAGUGAUCGAUCUGCCUUCACAGAUCAUCGUGACGGACGAGAGUGGGAACCAGCAGAGGAUCCAGUCGCCUGUGCUUUCGCCAGCCUCGAGCCGACGCGGCAGCACCGAUGUACGCAGCGCCUCGCUGAAUGGCGCUUUCAGCCCUCUGUCCACUUCGUCGCCGCUGCUGGGGCGUUCGCCGCUGCAUUCGCCCGUGCCGUCGCGCACGCCCAGUCCCAACCCGAUCGAGAUGCGCCGCAACCUGGUCUCGGCCCCCAAGCGCAAGAUCCACUUUACCAUUGGUGGCGCUGGAGGUGCAGCCGACGACGAUGCUGACGAUGCGCCGCAGGAUCUGCCCAUCUCUCUGACCCAGUCGAGAGCGCACCCCAAUUUUGUCGCCCCUGACGAGCAGCUCGCCAGACAUCUCGCAGCAGACAUCAAAGGCUCGACGCCCAAAGAGGUCGAGAAGGAGGUUAAGCACUAUGACGCCGAUGUUCUGACCAAGGUGAUCGUGUAUACUAACAUCGGACUGUUUUCGGCCGGACUCAUUCCGGCGCUCUUCCAGCAUCUCGGCCUCUGUUAG